UCCAACAUUUACUUCAACGGUUUCAUCGAAACUUCUCGACAGUCGAACGCAGACGCAGUGAAAAGCACAGUACAUUCCAGAACAAUCCUCCGUCACCGAACGAAGUUUUUACUUAUUCCUCGUUUUACAACAUAUUCAGAACAUAAUGGCUGUUAAGACUCCUGCUGUAGGAAUUGAUUUGGGAACAACUUACUCAUGUGUUGGUGUAUUCCAGCAUGGUAAGGUUGAAAUCAUUGCCAAUGAUCAGGGCAAUCGUACCACUCCUUCCUAUGUGGCAUUUUCCGAUACUGAACGUCUCAUUGGUGAUGCUGCUAAGAACCAAGUUGCCAUGAAUCCCACCAACACAGUUUUCGAUGCCAAGAGAUUGAUUGGACGUAGGUUUGAAGACACAGUAGUCCAGGCUGAUAUGAAACAUUGGCCAUUUGAAGUUAUCAGCGAUGGAGGCAAGCCAAAGAUCCAAGUUGAGUACAAGAAUGAAACGAAAAACUUCUUCCCCGAAGAGAUCUCUUCCAUGGUUUUGCUCAAGAUGAAGGAAACUGCUGAAGCUUAUCUAGGCAAGACUGUUGCCAAUGCUGUUGUUACUGUCCCUGCUUAUUUCAAUGACUCCCAGCGUCAAGCCACCAAAGAUGCUGGAACUAUUGCUGGUCUCAAUGUCCUUCGUAUUAUCAAUGAACCUACUGCUGCUGCAAUUGCUUAUGGUUUAGAUAAAAAGGUCGGUGGAGAACGCAAUGUCCUCAUUUUCGAUCUCGGUGGUGGAACUUUCGAUGUAUCAAUCUUGACGAUUGAAGAUGGUAUUUUCGAAGUCAAGUCUACUGCCGGAGAUACUCAUUUGGGUGGUGAAGAUUUCGACAACCGUAUGGUGAAUCACUUUGUGCAAGAGUUCAAGCGUAAAUACAAGAAGGACAUGGCUACCAACAAACGUGCUCUUCGUCGCCUUCGAACAGCUUGCGAGAGAGCCAAGCGUACCCUUUCUUCAUCUGCCCAAGCUAGCAUCGAGAUUGAUUCUCUGUUCGAGGGAAUUGAUUUCUACACUAGCAUUACGAGGGCUCGUUUCGAAGAAUUGAAUGCCGACCUUUUCCGCUCUACCAUGGAACCGGUUGAGAAGGCCAUCCGUGACGCCAAGAUGGACAAAGCCCAAAUUCAAGACAUUGUUCUCGUUGGUGGAUCAACCCGUAUUCCCAAAGUGCAAAAGCUGUUGCAAGACUUCUUCAACGGAAAGGAGCUGAACAAAUCUAUCAAUCCCGAUGAGGCUGUUGCUUAUGGUGCCGCUGUUCAAGCUGCUAUUCUCCAGGGAGAUAAAUCUGAGGCUGUCCAAGAUCUUCUGCUUCUCGAUGUUGCUCCUCUGUCUUUGGGUAUUGAAACUGCUGGUGGUGUCAUGACUGCUCUCAUCAAGCGAAACACCACUAUUCCUACCAAGCAGACCCAGACUUUCACCACCUAUUCCGAUAACCAGCCCGGAGUAUUGAUCCAGGUUUACGAAGGAGAGCGUGCUAUGACCAAGGAUAACAACCUUUUGGGUAAAUUCGAACUCACUGCCAUUCCACCUGCACCCCGUGGUGUUCCUCAGAUCGAAGUUACUUUCGACAUUGAUGCCAAUGGUAUCUUGAACGUUUCUGCUGCUGACAAGUCGACUGGUCGUGAAAACAAAAUUACCAUCACCAACGACAAGGGACGCUUGUCCAAGGAGGAGAUUGAAAGAAUGGUGUCUGAUGCCGAACGUUUCCGUUCCGAAGAUGAGAAGCAGCGUGAGCGUGUGUCUGGCAAGAACGCUCUGGAGUCUUACUGCUUCAACAUGAAGUCAACCGUCGAGGAUGAGAAAUUCAAGGACAAGCUCUCCGAUGCCGACAAGACCACCAUUUUGGACAAGUGCAAUGAGGUCAUCAAGUGGCUCGACGCUAAUCAGCUGGCUGAUAAGGAAGAGUUCGAACACAAGCAGAAGGAAAUCGAACGUGUUUGCAAUCCAAUUGUCACCAAGUUGUAUCAGGGAGCUGGAGGUGCUCCUCCCAAUUUCUCGGCUGGUGGCGGAGCCGCUCCUGGUGCUGGUGCCCCUGGCGCUGGAUCAGGAUCCGGCCCAACCAUCGAGGAGGUCGACUAAUUGUCACGUAUUUAUCUGCAAUUCCUAAAUCGUUUUCCAUCAUAAGAUUUAAAGUCAUUACCAUCGGUAUUCAUUCAUAUCAGAAUACACAAGAUAAAUCAAG